AUGAGGUAUCCCGUUUCCAUUUUCAUCUGCAUCAUCACAGUACUACUGAUCGCAUACUACAACCGCGAAAACACCAACAAUCUGGCUCUGAAGAACAUCAUCUUACAGAAAGCCAGACCAAUCUCCAACCUCAUAAAACAGUCUCAAACAAACACCACAACAAGAAACCUUUCCACCACAAACAUGACCACACCACGAGCCAUAAAAUUCUCCUUCCUCGCCCGUGAGCAGUCCGAGGGCGCCGGCGCUGUCGUCCGCCGCUCGGUGGGCACGCCUCGGCUGCGACACCUAACGCCAUUCCUGAUGCUCGACCACUUUCGCAUCCCACCGGGCGCAGGCUUCCCCGACCACCCACACCGGGGCCAAGAGACAAUCACAUACCUCCUGAAAGGCGGCGUCGACCACGAAGACUUCGCGGGCAACAAGGGCACGAUCGGCCCGGGUGACCUGCAAUUCAUGACGGCAGGAAAAGGCAUCAUGCACGCGGAAAUGCCCGUGCAGACCGAAGACAUCAACGUCGGGAUGCAACUGUGGGUCGACCUCCCGGAGAACCUCAAGGCAUGCGAGCCGCGAUACCGCGACCUGCGCGCCGACGAGAUCCCCAUCGCCAAGACCGACGACGGCAAGGUCGAAGUCAAAGUCAUCUCGGGCAAAUCCCUCGGCGUCGAGUCCCUCAAAGACCUCGCAUACACACCCGUGUGGCUGCUCGACGUGACGCUCCAGCCGGGCGGCAAGCUCGUCCAGGAACUGCCGCAGGGCUGGAACGCAUUCGCCUACACGCUCGAGGGGGCCGUGACGUUCACGGACGGAGCUAAAGACACAGCAUCAGGCGAGACCAUCACGCCCUACCACAACGUGGUGUUCGAGCAAGCGGGCGACCUGGUGAGCGCGCACGUCGAAGAGGGCGCGAGCGACCCCGCGCGCUUCAUCAUCUUCGCCGGCCAGCCGCUCGACCAGAACAUCGUCCAGUACGGCCCCUUCGUCACCACCUCCAAGGAGGCCGUCUACCAGGCCAUGAUGGACUUCCAGACCUCCAGCAAUGGCUUCGAGAGGGGUGCCGAUUGGCAGAGCGAGAUCGGCAAGACCAUGGGUCGCGUGAGAUGA